AGCGAAGCUCAGCGUGGAACGCACAGCCACCUUGGAAAUGCAUGUGAGGCACUGAGUAAGGUUCCGGCUGGCGGCUGUUGUUGCCCUUUGAGAGGAGCCGUCCGUGAGAAUUUGACAUAUGACCUGUGAAAGAGAAGGAGCCGUCUCGUGAGAGUUCAUGUGGUCUAAACCAAAGAUCGUCAGUUGCCUGUGACACCUACAAUCAUGUCAGACCCGAAUUACCAGCAAUUAGAUGAAGAUCUGCCAGGUGAGAGACGUCCCAAACAUAAUGUCAGUGAUGAUAGCCCUGAGCCAAUGGUGGAAGCAGAGCCAUUUACCACCUAUUUUGAUGAGAAGAUACCAAUUCCGGAGGAUGAAACGCACUCAUGGUUCAGCUUCCGGAAACUCUGGGCCUUCACUGGCCCAGGCUUUCUCAUGAGCAUAGCGUAUCUGGAUCCAGGAAAUAUAGAAUCGGAUCUGCAGUCUGGAUCAGUGGCAGGAUUUAAGCUAUUGUGGGUUCUCUUGACGGCAACCAUCAUUGGUCUUCUACUACAGCGAUUAGCAGCCAGGCUGGGAGUGGUGACAGGCCUUCAUUUAGCUGAAAUGUGCAACAGACAAUAUCCAAAGGUGCCCCGCAUUAUUCUGUGGCUCAUGGUAGAGUUGGCCAUCAUUGGAUCUGAUAUGCAGGAAGUCAUAGGCUCUGCUAUUGCCUUAAAUCUGUUGUCUGCUGGAGUAAUACCGUUAUGGGGAGGAGUGUUGAUAACAAUUAUUGAUACGUUUUUCUUCCUUUUCCUGGACAAGUACGGUCUGCGGAAACUGGAAGCAUUUUUUGGGUUCCUUAUUACAAUUAUGGCAGUUACAUUCGGUUAUGAGUAUGUCCGAGUUAGUCCUAACCAAGGGGAGCUUCUUAAAGGCAUGUUCUUUCCGUACUGUAAAGGCUGUGGGUCCCCUCAGCUGGAGCAGGCUGUGGGCAUUGUGGGAGCUGUAAUCAUGCCACACAACAUGUAUCUGCAUUCGGCUUUGGUUAAGUCCAGGGACAUAAAUCGUUCAAACAAGAAAGAAAUCCGAGAGGCCAAUAAAUACUAUUUCAUUGAAUCAAGCAUUGCUUUAUUUAUUUCCUUCCUCAUCAACGUUUUUGUGGUUGCUGUGUUUGCUGAAGCCUUUUAUGGAAAGACGAACCAAGAAGUGUUUUAUGAGUGCCUUAAUACGAGUAGCCCUCAAAGUGACUUAUUUCCAAAUAACACAGACCCUCUGAAAGUUGACAUUUUCAAAGGAGGUGUGGUUUUGGGAUGUUUUUUCGGUGCUCCAGCUCUCUAUAUCUGGGCAGUGGGCAUUCUAGCAGCAGGACAGAGUUCCACAAUGACUGGCACAUACUCUGGGCAGUUUGUAAUGGAGGGUUUUUUGAACUUGAAGUGGUCUCGCUUUGCACGAGUUUUCUUGACCCGAUCUAUUGCUAUUACCCCCACACUCCUAGUGGCCAUUUUUCAAGAUGUUGAGCAUCUUACAGGAAUGAAUGAUUUUCUAAAUGUGCUCCAAAGUUUGCAGCUUCCAUUUGCUUUGAUCCCAGUCCUGACAUUUACCAGUCUUCCAUCUGUGAUGAGUGAGUUUGCAAACGGGUUAGGCUGGAAGAUUGCUGGUGGCAUCCUGAUCCUCAUUGUGUGCAGCAUAAACAUAUACUUUGUGGUUGUUUAUGUCUCUGCACUAGGACACAUAGCGUAUUAUGUGGGAGCAGCGGUGUUGUCCGUUGCAUACUUAUGCUUUGUAGCAUAUUUGACAUGGCUGUGUUUGGUUGCACUGGGCCUCUCAUUCCUGCAAUGUGGCCGGACGUAUAACCUUGGACUGACUGGCUGUCCUGAGCUGUUCCUCCUUCACAACAUGGAGAAUGAAAACUCAGCUUCCCCUCGGUGAUGUUGUGAUCACAUGGCACCCUCAUAGUCUGGCGAGCAACAUUCCAGCUUUGUUUGUUACAAAAUAACGUGGAGGUGCUGUGCCUAGCUGGAUCAAACGGCACAGACCUGGUAAUUUGUCAGUUGCAGAUUUCUGAUUGGGUAAAACAAUAAUGUCAUAUACAACAAUAAUGGACAAGUGUGUCCAGUGCUACUGUAGGGCUCUUGCACAUGGGCUUUUAAAUAGGCAUUCCCGUGGCUUUCUUUAUGUGAUCUCCAUUAACACGCAUGCUUCUGGGAAGUCAAACACAUAAAAAGCAAAUAUUAAUAUGCUUGUGUAUAAGAGCCCUUAGGAAUGAAUUGCACAACCUCUGAUAAUGGUGAACACAAAGGCCAGUUGGAAGGUACAGUCAUUGGUACUUAUCUAGGGAUGCACUGAUCCCACAACUUAAAGUUUUGGAUGCCAAACUGAAUCUGAACUCAAAUUUGCAUAUGAAAAUGAUCAAAAGCCAAAGAUGAAAAAUGUGUCAUACAGUCGUGAUAUUUAGGGUUUGGAUUCAGUUUGACCAGGACUAAAGAUAUGGCCUUCUCCUGACGUCCAGUGCCUCCCUACAGAAAUCUUUGUAUAGGGACAUAGGGGUUGCUUUCUGUUGUUUCAGCCUUGAUACAGCCUGCUGAUGGAGCAAACCUUGGUUUUCACACACCAAAUAUGCCACUGCAUUCAUCUCAAUGGAAAAGGUACAGGUAUGGGACCUGUUAUCUGGAAACCCAUUAUCCAGAAUGCUCCAAAUCACAGAAAGGCUGUCUCCCAUAGGGGCAAAUUCACUAAGCA